AUGUCUAGACAUUUAUUGGGACCGUUUGGUCGGUCGGGCAGCCUUCGUGCUCUCCGCUUUCCUUCUACUCGUUCAUAUGCCACCCCAACAGCUUCUUCGUCAGGCCCCGUGAAUUUCGGUCUUGACGAGGAUCAAAGGGGAAUACAAGAGCUUGCCAUGCGGUUCAGCCGAGAGUCAAUUAUCCCCGUGGCGGCAGAGUACGACCGAUCUAUGAAAUACCCAUGGCCUUUGUUGAAGGAGGCUCAUUCGUUGGGGCUUCUCAACACACAUAUACCGGAAGCCUAUGGCGGCCCGGAGCUUGGAUUACUCGAGUGUGCUCUUAUAUCCGAAUCUCUUGCUUUCGGAUGCAGUGGCAUACAAACGGCUAUGGAGGCAAAUGGUCUCGCCGAAGCUCCUCUGAUCGUGGCAGCAUCCCAUGAAACCAAGAUGAAAUAUCUGGGUCGGAUGACAGAAGAACCUCUCAUGGCCUCUUACUGUGUCACAGAGCCCACAGCGGGCUCUGACGUAGCCGGGAUCAGAACCAAAGCUGAGAGGAAGGGUGAUCAGUGGGUGCUGAAUGGAUCCAAGAUGUGGAUUACUAAUGCUGGUCAUGCCAACUGGUUUUUCGUUCUUGCCGUCACUGACCCCUCGGCCUCGCCAUCGAGAGGCAUGACAGGGUUCGUUGUGGAUGGAGACACCGAGGGUAUCAUAGUGGGCAAGAAGGAAAUCAACAUGGGCCAACGGUGCUCUGACACUAGAAUGGUUAGUUUUCAAGAUGUGGUCGUGCCGUCCGAGAAUGUGCUAGGAUCUCCUGGAGACGGUUUCAAGAUUGCUAUGAAGGCUUUUGACAUCACUCGACCUCUUGUGGCGGCCGCAGCGACUGGCUUGGCUCAGCGCGCAUUGGAAGAGGCCACCAAGUAUGCUCAAGAACGGAAGACCAUGGGUCAACCUAUCAUCAAUCAUCAAGGGGUUGCUUUCAUGCUGGCCGAUAUGGCCAUCAACGCUGAGGCUGCUCGUGGUCUCGUCUGGCGAUCGGCAUGGGCAAAAGACAGUGGCGAACGUAAUACUUUCUAUGCUUCCAUGGCCAAGGCCCUGGCUAGCAAGGCUGCCGUAGAGAACUCCAAUCUGGGUGUGCAAGUCUUUGGCGGUAUUGGGUUCAACACUGAAAUGCCCAUGGAAAAAUUGUACCGCGACGCGAAAAUUUACGAGCUGUAUGAAGGGACUUCACAAAUUCAACGUCUUAUCGUUUCACGACAUCUAAGCUCUCUGUAUCCGGCAUAG